AUGACUGAACAAUAUAUGGAGAUGUUCGUUCAAGAACAAGUUAGAGCACUUACUAUGUUUUUUGGUUCUCGUUAUGAAGAUUUUAGUCAAUGGUUACAAGAUACGGAAGAAAUCUUUGAUCGAGUACAAUUAAAACCAUCGAAUAAAUAUUUAGCCGUACAAUCGUAUUUAAAAGGUACAGCUGACACAUGGUUUCGUUUACAUAAAUCAAAUAAACUUGAUUGGUUCACGUUUAAAAAAGAAAUUCUCGAAGUAUUUAAAGCAUCAUUUAAUCGAACGUCGUUUACAGUUGAACAACAACCAGUUGUGCAUCGUCGUAAUUAUUCGUCGUUAUCAACUGAUCUUAAAUUAUCAUCAGUUAUUGAUCGAAGUCUAUCUUCUGAAAUUAUACCAUUACCAUUACCUAUAUCGAAUGCAAAUGUUUAUCAACAACCAGAUAUCGUUGUUUUACCCGAGCAAGCAUCAGUUAUUGAUCUAAGUGCAUCAAAGUCAGAUACACAGUCGUCGUCGUCCCCUCAAAUUCGAACAUUACCGUUGUCUACACCGCCCAUGUAUCCGUUUUUCGAUUUUCGACGCGUCCCAAGCGUUUAUCACAAAUGUAAUGUCACGCGUCAGGAUGCGUCCAAAAUGCAACAUUUUCGGGGGUUUAAACGCGUUAGCAGGUUUUGA